AUGGCCCCUUCCAGAUUCUUCCAACUUUCUAAUGAAGCUUUUGUUUCCUCUCUGAUUCCCUCUUCCUCUGAUUUAGAUGACAAAGACCAUGUUGUGGAAACAGGGGAUAGGAGAAGGUCCCAAAGGCUUGCCUCCAAGGGUGCUACCAAGAAAAAGAAUAAGAACCAGAAAACUGUUGAAACUAAAGAUGAUAUUGAUGAGGGUGAGGGUGGCAAUGUGGCCUCAAAGAACUUUAUGCAGAAGGUGGACCCUGUUAUUAGGAUGAUUGAUGAGCUAGACAUCGAGGUUGUGAGAGAUGAAGGGAUUGUUGUGGAAGGUGUGGAUAAGGACAAGAAGAGUGACAAGAAAAAGAAAAAGAAGAAAAAGGACAAGGGUUUAUAUCCCGAGGAAGAGGAUCAUCACGAAAAGCAAAAGGAAGAGGAAGCGAAGCCCACAAAUCACCCCAGGGAGGACGAGUUGCAGGCCCUCAAAUGCGAAGUUCGUGAGCUGAGGAACCACCUUGACAAUUUUGGGGCGGAUAAGGAAAUCUAG